AUGGGCACCUCCGAUACCAUGUCUCCAACUCAUUCAAGAGCUUCGAGUGUUGAAGACGCCAUGCCUCGCAUGGAGCCGAUCCAAACAAAGGAAUCCAAAGCGCAAAACCAAGCCGAAGAUCCGAAUGAUUUGCAUCUCGUGCAAAGCCACAUGUCCCAUCAUGACAUGCCCGUGACAAGCGAGUUUCGCGAAGUCGAUGCAGAACAAUACUUGCGUUUUUCGCCAUCCCGCAAAAUCGUCAUCGUCGCCGUACUCUCCUUCUGCUCUUUUCUGGCUCCAAUUUCUUCAACAUCCAUUCUCUCGGGCAUUCCCGAGGUAGCAGAGACCUAUAAUACGACUGGUAGUAUUAUCAAUGCCAGUAAUGCCUUGUACUUGGCGUUUAUGGGGAUUGCCGCUCCAUUCUGGGGUCCAUUCAGUCAAGUGUGGGGACGACGCCCAAUUUUCUUGGUCAGCGCAUUUCUCUUCUUUGCCUUCAGCAUUGGCACUGCAUUGGCGCCCAAUUUGCCGGCCUACUACAUUUUUCGCGUUCUCACAGCCUUCCAAGGCACUUCUUUCCUGGUCGUGGGCAGUUCCGCCAUUGGCGAUGUAUAUGAGCCUCGUGCACGAGCAACAGCACUGGGCUGGUUCCUUUCCGGUACUCUGAUCGGCCCAGCCCUUGGCCCUUUUAUUGGCGGUGUUAUUGUCACAUUCUGUUCCUGGAGAGUUGUCUUUUGGCUACAGACUGCCCUCGGAGGCUGUGGCACAAUACUGGUCUUCUUCUUCUUCCCAGAGACAUACCCGCAUCUCAACAAGUCUGAAGUGACCGACAAGCCUGCAUCAGAAAAGGCAAAGUACCUCUGGCACCGUGUCAAUCCCCUUCGAGUCGGCAUUCUCCUCUUUACAUACCCCAAUCUCUUCUUCGCUGGAAUUGCGGCCGGUGCCCUUGUCUGGAACCAGUAUUCUCUCCUAACGCCAAUCCGAUAUGUGCUCAAUCCACGGUUCAAUCUGACCAGCCCCAUCCAAUCGGCUUUGUUCUACAUCGCGCCGGGCUGCGGUUACCUGGUUGGUACAUUCAUGGGCGGUCGCUGGGCCGACCACACCGUGAAGAAAUGGAUCGCCAAGCGUGGGAGACGUGUACCAGAGGAUCGACUUAAAUCAUGCUUGGUCUUCCUGGGAAUCAUCAUCCCUGCGUGUAUCCUUGUCUACGGCUGGACCGUCGAGAAGGCUGCCGGUGGAAUCCCCGUGCCUGUCCUGGCUAUGUUCCUUCAGGGAGUGGCUCAGCUAUUCUGCUUCCCCAGUUUGAACACGUUUUCGGGUAACUACAUGUUCCGGUACGUCUUCGCUGCCCUAGGAUCCGGCCUUGUGCUUCCCGCCGUCGAGGCAAUUGGUGUUGGAUGGUUUAGCACCAUCAGUGCCUUAUUCUUGGUCUUUGCUGGGUGCUGUGUAUGGGCUACUACCAUCUACGGCGAUGAGUGGCGUACAAAGAUUGAUGCGAAGAAUCGGGAUAAGGCUGCCCAGAAGGUCGAGGAGGCACCAUCUCAGCAGGAUACAAAAACAAAAGUAGAGGUAUGA